AUGUCGAUCGUAUCUCAGGGAGAGGUGGCGCGGGAGAGCGGUGGUGAGGCGUUCCUGUACCCGCAGUUGACGAUGACUAACUACAUGAGCUGGGUGAUUCGCGUGCAGACGAUGAUGGAAGAUCAAGGCAGCCAGGAGAUAGUCAAACCAGCAGCCGGUGAGGUCGUCGACGAGAAGAAGGACAAGAAGGCGAGGUCGCAUCUCUUCCAAGCGCUCCCGAAGGAUCUCCUGAUACAUGUGGCAAGGAAGAAAACUGCGAAGAGGGUCUGGGAUUGUCUCAAGACAACAUCCGUAGGAGGGAGAGAGAGCCUGGACCAGUACGCUGGAAAGCACAACAGCAUGUCUGUCAGGUACGCAAACCUAAGGGAGACACUCGACGACGUUGCAUUGGUCAAAAAGCUGUUCGACACCGUGCCGGAUCGAUUCCUGAGUGUGAUCACCGGGAUUGAGCAGUUCUACGACCUCGACAAUAUGUCGUUCGAGGAAGAUGUGGGGCGGCUUAUGGCGUUUGAAGAAUAUAGCAACAACCACAGCCGGGGUGGUCAUGGACGCGGCAAAGACCAUGGCAAAGGUGGUCGCAGCGUGAUGUCGUGCAAUGACGAGGAGAAUGGCUCAGGCAGUUGUCGUCGCAACAAGAUCCACAUCAGGUGCUUCAACUGCCACAAGAUGGGGCACUACGCGAACGAGUGCAAGGCACUGAAGAAGAAGGAAGAGGAGACUCAUCUCACUCGUGCUGACGAUACCGAGCCAGCCCUGCUACUCGUGGUGUCAAAAGAGCUAGCAUAA